UUCAGCUUUAGAGCGCUUGCAGUUGCUGUUACGACCGUUCUCCAGCAAAGAAGCUCAGUACAGCUGCUCCUCGCAUCGCUGGUCGAUCGCUGCCAGUGGUAACGGCGCCUGCAGAUGCGCCGCUGGGGUGCAGUGAUGCUCUUCUGCACGGCACGCAGAGCCGUCGCACUGCUCGCGCCGCGGCGACGCCAGCCGACGCGCCUUUAUAGUUUGCCGGGCGCGUCGGACUACCACGUGCCCGUAUUAGGAAAUGAAUGCAUCGACUGGCUCGCGAGAGACGACGGCGUGUUUGUCGACUGCACGCUGGGCGGCGGCGGCCACUCGUCACUAUUACUGGACAAAGUCGGAGAAAAGGCGAAAGUCAUAGGGUUGGACCGAGAUAGGGACGCCAUCCAAGCCGCCUCAGCACGAAUACGAGAUGCCCGCUUCUCGACGAUCGAGGGCGUCUUCGAUGAAGGGCUGCAGAGAGCUUUUCAGGAGCACGGGAAGUUCACCGGCGUGCUCAUGGAUUUGGGGGUUUCUUCGCACCAGAUCGACGACGCCGAACGGGGCUUUUCUACUCGUUUUGAUGGACCGCUUGAUAUGAGGAUGGGCGCGUCUGGGAAAACCGCUCUGGAUUUGAUAAAUGAUCUGGACGCCAAGGGCCUGGCACGAUUACUGAGGCAGAACGCCGACGAGCCCCACGCGUCGAGGAUUGCCAAGGCCGUCAAAAGUGCCUCUUUGACGACCACAAGCGACCUCGCGUCCAUUGUGUCUGAGUCAAUACCAAAGACGUCACCCCCACAUCUGGAUGCGAAGCGCCGCUCCAAGGCCGUGGCGCGCGUCUUUCAAGCUCUUAGAAUUGAGGUGAAUGAUGAACUCGGAGCGCUGGAUAGAGCUCUAGAGCUUUUACCUUCUGUCGUGGCGGAGGGCGGGCGCGUCGUGGUGUUGGCCUACCACUCGUUGGAAGACCGGCGCGUGAAGCGGUUUUUUCGGGACGGGAAAUUUCGGGGCGACGCCGCGCGGGACGCGUACGGCAAUCGGUUGACGCCGUUCAGACCGCUCACGCGCAAGGCGGAGACGGCUUCGGAUGAGGAGGUGGCGGCGAACCCUCGCGCUAGGUCCGCCCGCUUGCGCGUCGCGGAGCGGACGGACUGGUCGCCUUCGUAAGUAUACAAUGUGUG